AUGUCUCAAAAGGAAAGUCGGCUCGCAAGCGUAGAAGACCUCCUUAACGGAACAGUAAGAAGCCCAAUCCAGUUGUCGCUUUUCAAGGAAACACUGGCCCGGGCAAUACUCAAAAAGCCGCAACAGCGAUGCAAUGACGUGAACGAAGAAUGGCUCAGCCCCUUCUGUGAAGCAGUGAACACUGUAAUACGAGCCUCCGAAUAUUGGCUUGCGGCGCAAACAACGGCAACAAGAAUGCGAAUUGCAGGAAUGCACCAUCAUCAGUUAGCCCGCAGAAACUUAGGGUCAACCGAAGACUUAGUAUACUUCAUUGCCUUUCGAAACAUCCAACGAUGGCUACAGAUUGCGGACCAAGGCUAUGACUACUGGUUGAUUCUCGAAAUCUGGGGAUUCUCUUUCAACGAACCCGAAGUGGCGCGAUGCUUCUACCUGGAUGUUCAGGGCUGGACACCGACUCUUCCAUCAAUCAUUCAAUAUGGCUACCAAUGCGCGGCAAAAACGUCACCAAUGGGAGACUUCCGACAAACGCAUAAAACAACCAUGACAAAACUUAUCAAAUCAACCAAACAACAAGCUGACUUGUGCAAAGGAGGAACUAUCCUCCUGGUCACCAGCACCGAUCUCAGCGGGGCACUCGCUGCGGCGGUAAAAACCGCAAAGAUCGAAGGCAGCUUCCUACUGGCAACAUACGAGGAGUCAAUCUUUGCCCAGAAAUUCGCUAACAGCGCAUUACAAUGGGCAAAGAUGAAACAAGCUGCAGAGGAGAUAUUGGGAGAAAGCCCAAACACUCUGAUCUAUUUGGACGACUCCCUGGCCCAGCGGCACGGAACCCAAAUCCCAAGUUCUUCAAAAACUGAACCUGUGCAACAAGUAAAAAGAGAGCCGGGAAAAGGCGAGAGUAUCACAGAAGGAGGUCUGGAGGCGAAACCAGACGUACCGAACGAGCAAGAGACUGAACAAGUCAAAGAGCUCAGGCGACAGAUUGAGCGGCUUCGCUUAGAAAAUAGCUUGAAGACCGAGAAUCUAUCAAAAGCGCUAAGUAAGGUGGGGGCCAUAGAAGAGGAACGGAAGGCAAACUGCGAAAUGCUUAACCGAUACGACGAGAUACACAAAGAAAUGAUCGCAAAAAUGGAUAACGCAUCGGAAAUCCUCGACAAGGCCAACCAUCUUUUUGGUAAUCGUAAGCGAGAUCACGACAGUAACACCUCAGAAACAGACUCCGAGGAAGAAGAUUGGGACGAACAAAGAGAGAAAGAAGCAGAGGAGCGAAAUGCAAGGAAAAGAACGAGCGAACAACGUCAAAAGAAGAGAGGCCGAGAAGAGAAUCCCAGUCCCUCUCGGAGGGAAAGCUCAACAGAGACAACAAGAAAAGAAAAACUGAGCGAGAAAAAGAAGCCAAAGAAGGAUGGAGUGGUCCGAUUCGUUGGAAACCCACAGAAAUUCCAAUUGAAAAAUUGGAAGACGGAAGAGAAUAUCACCUAUUGGGAGCACCUUACAAGGAAUAAAAUUGCUCUCAACAACGCAAAGCAGAGCGGGUUAACAGACAGUCAGAUGGUGUCACUCUUUAUGUUAACCCUCCGCCCCGAAGACGCCUUCAUUGAAGAAUUGCUGGAAGAAUCCUGGAAGAAUAAUUUUGAGCUAUUUCUGGAAAAAAUUGGGAAAUUUCUGGCAGGAAGUCAGAGUAGCAUGAUGAACGAUGUAUUGACCGCCAAGCGACGGCCUCAGGAAUCUCUUCUUGCAUUCUUUAUACGGCUUUGCACCAUGUUUAAAACAUCCUCGGGAAAAGACCCUAAGUCCCAAGAGGCAGCAAUGGUGCUUCACCCAGUCAUCAAAAACAACGCCACUAAAAUCCAAAACGGAACUAAUCCGAGAACUGGAAGCCGGGAAGGCGGCUGA